GCGAAGAAGGCUCCACCCUCCAAGGGGACGGACAGGAAGUGACUCUUAAGGAUCAGAAAGACCCUCCAGUGGUUUGGGGAAAGCCGGAAGUCUUGGACCCGCUGUCUCUCUGCCUGCGCCUUGGUUGUCCUCCCUUCCUGGCAGCCCCGAUCGCUUUGUCUUCUGGAAGCCAGAACCCUGCUUGCAGCUCGCAGAGGGAGCCUGGAGCCAGAAGGAAUGGGCCCUGGGAGCCUCAGACCUCCUCAGGAGUGGGUAACAUUCAGGGAUGUGGCUGUGGACUUUACCCAGGAGGAGUGGGGCCUCUUGGACCCUUCUCAGAAGAAGCUGUACAAGGGGGUGAUGCUGGAGAAUGCCUGGAACCUGCUGUCCCUGGGGCUUCCAGUUCCCAGGGAAGAUGUGAUCUCUUAUUUUGAGCAAAGGGAAAUACCCUGGAUGCUGCACCCAGAAGGCCUGAGGAGCCGCCCUCCAGAAAAAGAGAUCAGACUUGAAAUGAGGAAACCUCCUACAGAGCAAAGCCUUUCAGUGGUAGAAUCCUUCAAGCCAAGAUUCAUCAGUGAUGCUAACUUCACUUCUUCUCAGGUUAAUCACAGAUCUCUUGCCAAGAUCCAUAUUGGAGAGAAAUCUUAUGAACAUCACCGAAGUGGAAAGGCUUUUACAGAAAGUGGAGCUCGUACUAGACAUUUACAGAGAAUUUACACUAGAAAGAAACAUUAUGAAUGUAACCAGUGUGAAAAGGCUUUUAAAAAUCGGAGAGCUCUUACUGUACAUCAGAGGAUCCACACUGGGGAGAAACCUUAUGAAUGUAGCCAGUGUGGAAAGACUUUUAGACAAAAUGGAGCUCUCACUAUACAUCAAAGAAUUCACACUGGGGAGAAACCUUACAAAUGUAACCAGUGUGGAAACGCUUUUAGACAAAAGGGAGCUCUUACUGUACAUCAGAGAAUUCACAAUGGAGAGAAACCUUAUAAAUGUAGCCAAUGUGGAAAGGCUUUUAGAGACAAAGGACCUCUUACUGAACAUCAGAGAAUCCACACUGGAGAGAAACCUUAUAAAUGUAACCAAUGUGGAAAGGCUUUUAGAGACAAAGGAGCUCUUACUAUACAUCAGAGGAUCCACACUGGAGAGAAACCUUAUGAAUGUGAUCAAUGUGGAAAGGCUUUUCGAGAAAAGGGACCUCUUACUAUACAUCAGAGAAUCCACACUGGAGAGAAACCUUAUGAAUGUAACCAGUGUGGAAGGACUUUUAGACAAAGAGUAGCUCUUACUGCACAUCAGAGGAGCCACACUGUAGAGAAACCUUAUGAAUGCAAUCAAUGUGAAAAGGCUUUUAGAAAUCGGAGAACUCUUAUUGCACAUCAGAGGAGCCACACUGGAGAGAAACCUUAUGAAUGUAGCCAGUGUGGAAAGACUUUUAGGAGAAAGGAAACUCUUAGUGUACAUCAGAGAAUCCACACUGAAGAGAAACCUUAUGAAUGUAACCACUGUGGAAAGGCUUUUAGACAAAGAGGAGCCCUUAAUAUACACCAGAGAAUUCACACUGGGGAGAAACCUUAUAAAUGUAACCAGUGUGGAAAGACUUUUAUAAGAAGGCAACCUUUUACUGACCAUCAGAGAGUUCACACUGAAGAGAAACCUUAUGAAUGCAACCAGUGUGGAAAGGCUUUUACAAGAAGGGGAACUCUUAUUGUACAUCAAACGAUCCACACUGGAGAGAAACCUCAUAAAUGCAACCAGUGUGGGAAGGCUUUUAGAAAAAGAGCAUCUCUUAUUGGACAUCAGAGAAUCCACACUGGAGAGAUACCUUAUGAAUAUAACCAGGGUGAAAAGGCUUUUAUAUAAAAAUCUGAUUGGUUUUUACCAGUUUUGUGAUGAAAUGUAACGACAUUAAAAUAAGGAAGAAAAUAAAUUAGGGACACAAUCCUGGGAGAAGAUGAUGUGGUGCUGAUGCCUUCCAUACUUAGCCUUGUCUUGCUAUAAUGCUUCAAGGAGGGUGAGGAAAAUAAAAAUUUUCUUGGGAUAGCAGACAGCUUCUUGGGCAUGUUGGAGCCUUCCUUUUCUUCUGGUCACCUGCUUGAAAGGCAUGCUGGUGGAAUGGGAAGAUCCCCACUUUUGGAGUCAAAGGACAUGGGUUAAAUUUAUGUUCUGUAGCUCUAUGGCCUUGGGAAAGUAAUUUAACUUUUUAACGGUGCAUUCAGGUUAGGGUUUGUAAGGUCCUGUUUAGCUUUCUGGAGGUCUCUGGACCAGCCUUCGUUUCAGCAGAGUAAUCACCAGGAGAAUAGACAGAGAUGGAGUUUGUCUCUGUCACAGUCUUGUCUCCUUGCCUGGGGCCUGGACUACCUUUCUUGAGGUCCUCUGGAAUGUGGCUUGGCUUCUGUGGGGGAGGCAGGAGGACCACCACAAUGGUCUCUGUCUUGAAGUCUCCCUGAGUCUGGGAGCUUGUGCUCCAACCUCCAGUCCUCUGUCUUCCCCGAGUCUGUUCCAGUUCCCCGUGGUGGUGGGAGAUGGAAUGCAUGUCUGAGUCUGAGGGCUUGUGCUCUGCUCCAGCCUCCAGCCACCACAAAGGUGGGAGAUGGAAUGCAUGUCUCUGGUUGAGUUUGUCCCAGCUUAUAUAUUCUAUUAAAAUUACAUCACAGUAUGUAUGAAUCUAUUAGAACUAUAUUAAGUACUAAGUAUAUAUACUGAACUAGAGAACUAUUAAUAACCACGCUAAACUAGAUAAACAUUGUAUUAUCAAUUCCACUGAGUUACCAAGCUUGUUGUAAGAAUUUCUCCAUAAUUCUGGCCCAUUACAGUUAUUAUUUAAAUGAUUUAUAUUUGUAUUGGCUCAUGACAAGUAUUGCAUUAAAUGGCAGAUGUACUCAAAGGUCCAUUGUCCUGUGGAGAAUCCACAGUAGAAAGAAACCUUAUAAAUGUAACUGUAGAGGGCUGAAACUCUUGAGGUCACUGCACUGAGGUCAGUUCAAGCACUUAGGGCUAAUUACUGCCUGGACCAUAUGGGCAUAUGCUUGGAAAAUGAUCUUUCCCACUAUCCUGAGCUGACUCAAUGAUUGGUGUAUACAGAGCAUUGUAGGAGGGACUAGAGGAUGGAGUAAGACGAGCCAGAGUCGUACUCUUUGCGGUACGGGGGGAGAAGGCAGUCUUGGAGAUUCUGCUUCCAUCCUGUUCAAUCCUAUGUCUAAAGACCAAGAAUAAAGAUUGAGGAUUUUUGCUUAUCCGGACUCCAGCUGAUUCUGAGGUAUCCUGGGUGCUAGCGCGGUCAUCUCAUGUAAGCAAUGGGGAAAUGCUAUACAGAAAAGAGAACUCUUACUGUUCCUCAGAGAAUCCAUACUGGAAAGAAAUUUGAUGAAUGUAAUGAAUGUGGAAAAGCUUUUACAGAAAGGAAAACUCCUUGACCAUCAUACAAUCCACACCAGAGAGAAACUUUAUAAGUGUAACCAGUGUGGAAAGACUUUCAGGAAAAAAGAAGUUCUUAUUGUACAUCAGAGAACCCACACUGAAGAGAAACUUUAUAAAUCUCACUAGUUGAGACCGGCUUCUAUAAGAAAGGAAUCUUUUACUAGACAUCAGAGCAUGCACCGGCAUGCUAGACAUCAGAGCAUGCACACUAGGGACCAAUUGACCAAGGCAAUUCGAUAUGUAAAAGCUUUCGUAUGUAAUACAUAAAAGGGGAAGUCUUACUAGUCAUCAGAAUUCAUACUGGAGAGAAACCUUAUAAAUAUGACCAAUGUGUAAAAGAUUAUUGAGAAAAAGGUGCUCUUGUUGCAUAUUGGAGAAUUCACACUGGAGACAAACUUUAUGGAUGUAACCAGUGUGGAAAGGCUUUUAGGCAAAAAGGAGCUUUUAUUUUACAUCAGAUAAUCCACACCAAAGAGAAUCAUUAUAAAUAUAACCAGUGUGGAAAGUCUAUUAGGCAAAAAAGAGCUCCUAUUUUACAUCAGACAAUCCACACCAAAGAGAAACAUUAUAAAUAUAACCAGUGUGGAAAGGCUUUUCACAUAUAAGAGUUAUCUUUCUCAAUAUCAGAUAGUCCACACUGCAGAGAAAUCUUAUGAAUAUAACUAAUAUCCCUUUGCUCAAUCCAGCUAUCUGUUAGACAUUCCUACUUCAGUCUUCUGCCAGGAACAUGAAGUCAACAAUUAGAAAAUGAACUAUUGAAGCUCAUCUAGGAGGCACAGUAGAAACAGUCCUGAGCUUGGAGUCACAAAGGACUGGGUUCAAAUUCAACUUCAGAAAUAGACCAGGUAGUUCACUAACUCUUUCUCAUUAGUAAAGUAGCAAAUACUAUUUUUAUUAUCCAACUUAUUCCCCAUUUUGUCAUCACAAAUGUUAUAAAUGAUCCUGCCAUUCUGAUGACCCAUGAGCUUCUGCUCUUUUCUUUGGUUUUCAUUGACAAUACUUGGAGGCCUCAAACAGGGGUACCCACCAUGUCUCAGGAUAGCCCAUUCCUCUCUGGGCCCACUUUGUUAUAAACUUUCCUGACAUCAAGCCUACGUUACUCUCUUUGUAGCUUUUACUCAUGGCUGCCAGCCCUAACCUCUGAGGCUGAGCAGGAGAAAAGUCCUCAUGUACCUUGAGCUUAAGAUUCUUCACACUUCUGGAAUGCAUCUGUGUAUCUUUAAAACUUAUGGAGAUUUUCUUAAACCCUGGUACCCAGAACUGAAUUCAGCAAUGCAGAUGAUGUCUGACGAGCACAGGGGGAUCAUGCCCUGCUUCUCUUCCCAAGAUGGCAAUAAAGUGAUUACUGCAUCCUAGUGAUUGUCCAUGCUAAGUUUGUGGUCACUCCAUUGAAACUUCCAAAUCCUUCUUUCAGAACAACUUCCUUCCUAGGAAUACAUUUGUGGAAUUGCUUCUUGGUAAACUGGUGUGAGACUUUACAAAUGUAAGUUAUCCUUUUUUCCCCUCUAUUUUAAUUUUACCAUUUUUUUUUCAAUUGACAACCAUUUGUAUUCUGUUCCUUACACUUCUCACUCAUUGGAAAAAGGAAAGGACAAAUCAAACUGAUAGAAAAUAUGCAAAGUCAAGCAAAAGAAAUUCUCACAUCAGUCAUGUUGAAAAAUAGAUAUUCAUUCAUUUAUUCAUUCAUUCAUACUACUCCCCUAGAAUCCUGGUUGGUCAUUGCAUUGAACAGAGCCCUUGCAAUUUUCAAAGUUCUUAGUCUUUGA